AUGGGCUCACAAGCAGCAGCAGCUGCAUCAGCCUCCUAUUUAUCUUCCAUCAACUGGGUGGCUCUAAAUUCAUCUCAGUUAUCAUCUUUCAACCCUUCAUUUCUCCCCCUCAAAGCCAAAACCAGUCCCAUUCCUCUUCAUGCUAGUAUAAAGAAGGAUAUUUCUUGCGUCAGAAACACAAACCAUCAUCUCCUUAAACUCCAAAAUGUAAGAACCAGAGCUACCCUAGAUGAAAGUGCUCCUGCCCCACUUCCUGUCCAAGAAGAAGAAGAAGAAGUGCAGUCCCAACGCAGCAAAGAAGUUGAGGAGAGUGUGAAAGUGCUCAAGAAUGCUGCAAAGACAAGAAAGGUUACAGCAGAGGAGGUUUUGUCAGCUCUUUCUGUGAUUGAGAAGGCCAAACUUGACCCCUCAGAGUUUCUUAAUACACUUGGUGGGUUGAAAUCCCCUGGCAGAACUUGGAUGCUUAUUUUCACGGCUGAGAAAAAAUUGGAUCGUGGACGGUACUUCCCCCUCACUGCCAUUCAGAGGUUUGAUGCUGCUGGCAAGAGAAUUGAAAAUGGAGUAUAUCUUGGACGAAUUGGAUUCUUGACGUUUGAAGGCAGAUUAUCAUGGAAGAACAGAAUACUGGCCUUCAUUUUUGAGCGCAUGCGCAUAAAAAUUGGACCUUGGAACCCUUUUGAGAUCAGUCUUGGCCAAAAGGAAGACAGAGAACCAAGCACAAAGGAUCCUUUCUUUAUCUGGUUUUAUAUUGAUGAGGAAAUAGCUGUUGCUCGAGGCAAAAGUGGGGGAAUGGCUUUUUGGUGCCAAUGUCGCCGUGUUGCUACUUGA